UUCAAUUUUUUUUCUAUGUCUUCUCUUCAAUCCCAUCACCCAUCAUCUCCCACUUUCCCUUUCUCAAUCUUUCACUAUCUUCUUCUAUACCUCACGGGCCUCACAUCUUCUCUCCAUGUGUUUCCUUCUCCCUUCUUAAUUAAAUAUUUACUUUCUUUUUCAAGUUAAAGGUUUAAACAAUUUACCAUUCCUGAUAAAUUUCAGAGGUGAAUGCAAAAAUGAAACCCCAUCUCUCAUCAAUUCAUCUACUAAAUUUCUCGCCGGCCGUCGAAUUUCAGAUGCAUCAAUGGUUUAGUGAAAGAAGUGAAGCGACACUCAAAACAUCCACCCUUUUAUCCAACAAGUGUGAAAGUCAUUUAGUUGCUUUGCAAUCUGAAUACACACGCUUGCAGGUGAAACCAUCUUCAAUUUUCGAAUUUGAAGUUGUAGACAGAAAGUGCAGAUCAUUUGGUGUUGAUCUGACUCACAAAACAUGCACAUGUGGUGUUUUCCAGUUAGACCAAUUUGUUUGUGUUCAUGCAGUAGCUUCUAUUCAUAUGCGGCCAAGCCUUUCAUGUUAUUCGUUUAUUUCACCAUAUUACUCCCGGGAUGCAUGGUUGUCUAUCUGGACUGGUACAGUCCAUCCAAUUCCAGAUCCACACUCAUGGUCUCUGCAUUCACAUAUUUCUAGCAUUCCUUGCAAGCCUCCUCUUUGUGUGAAGAGAACUCCAGGACGUCCUAAGAAGUCUAGAACACAUUCAGUUGGAGAGUUCAAUGGUUCAAAACAUCAAAGGUGCUCUCGCUGCCGCAGACUUGGACACAAUAAGAAGAGUUAUCGAAAUCCAGUUCAUAUACAAAUGCAGCCUUCAAACAUAUGCAUAAUACGUUUUACUAUCUGUUUCUUUACAACUUCAAUCAUACGAUUACAUAAUGAAUGUCAUCGUAAUGCUUUGUCAUUAACCCUUGCUAUAUAAUAUCUACCAAAAUUACUUUAAUUCUUUGUCAUUAACC